AUGGACUUUUAUUAAAUCGCAGCUAGAAAUUAGUCAAAUUCCGAUUCUGCUGAUUAUGACAUCAUUAAUAUUGAAUAUGCUGGAAAAGAUUGUCCUGAGUAUGAGUUAGACAUUAAGUAAGUUGAAAUGGAAGGGAAUCCUACAAAUUUACCAAAAGAAUAUUUAGAUAAUUACCAACCUUAAUAAGAGAACUUUAUUUAUUAUAAAGUGGAGAUGAAUGAUUCUAUUUUCGGGCUGGAGCUGAAAUUUGAAAUUAGGUAAUUUUCUGAAUUCAUAUUGAUUAGUGCGAUCUAAAUUUUAAGAUUAAACAAUUUAUCUGAAAAUUCUAUAUAUCCUGGAAUGACAUUAAAGAUACCUAUAAAACAUGCUCUGGAGAAUCCUUUAGAAUAGAAUCCGAGCAAAGAAGAACCCUCUAAUUACUCAGCCCUUUACAUAACUCAAAUUGGAGCUAUUAAAGGCUCAUUUACGAUAACAUCAUCAUUUGUGUCAUUUGAGCCUGAAAAACAUUGCAGGUAGAAUGAUGAAAUAAUACUCCAUGCUUAAAUUAGAGAUAUUGACAAUUUGCACCUUUAAAUUCUACUGAAACAUAUAGUUUUAGUAGAAUAAUAAGAAUUAUCAUAGUUUUUUCAAAAGAAUGUUGCAUUAAACAAAAAUAAUGUUAUCACUAUUAUUGCUUAAACAAAGAAAUAAAAGAUUGUUGUUUUGAAAUUACUGGAAGAUAAUCGUAUCGAUGAAUUUUUAAAUUUAAUUAAUCAGAAAUUGCAAGAGUAUUGCAAUAAUUCAGGAAUGGAAAGCUAAAUUAGUUAAAGCACAACAGACUAUUAUGAUUAAAAAACAAUCAUUCCAUAUCAUUUUGAAAUGAAUGGAUAAAUAUAAAUAUAAAAUAUAGAACAACCAAAAUAGGUCAUCUGUAGGGAUUCUUAAUUAACAUAACUGGAAUCCAAAUCAGAAAUUAUAACAAGAGACAAAUUCAUAAGUAUUUCUUCCCAUUUACCUUUUCUAUUUAAAGGUUAAAAAUGGUAGUGUAUUUAUUCCUCUAUUCAACAUGGUUCGUCAAUUUUAACUCUAAUGAGAAGAACUGAAAAUAAACUUCCAUCAGUUGUUUUGGUAAGGGAUUUAGACUCCUAUUUAUUUGGAGCAUAUCUAUCUGAUGGAAUCAAGAAUAGUUAUGGAAAAUUUUAUGGAAAUGGUGAAUCUUUUCUCUUCACUUUCAAAAACAGUUCAGAUAUAGCGGUUUAUAAAUGGACUCAUAUAAAUAACUAUAUUACACUAUGUGAUACUGAUGGAUUAGCUGUAGGCUGUGGAGAUAAAUAUGGUUUAUUUGUUAAUUCCGAUAUAUCUAAUGGAUAUAGCUGUCAUUGUGAAACAUUUGAUAACGAAGUGCUGUCAAAAAAUAACAAAUUUAUAAUAGAGAGAUUAGAAAUUUGGAGCAUAAGUUAUAAUUGA